UGUCUCUCUCACACUCGGUCUGAGACUAACUAACGACUUACCAGUAAAGAGACAUUAAUUAAUUUGCAAAAAGAAGAAGCAUUGAGAUUGGGAUUGGGAGAUGGAGCGGAAGUGGAGCAGUGAAUCUGGUGGGAAUGUGAUAUCGUCGCCAUCACACUCGCGUAAUGGGCAUUCUCGCUCCUCUUCGCUCACUAUCCCCGGAGGAGGAAUUUCAACCGUCAAAAGGACUCAGAAUGUUGCUGCCAAAGCCGCCGCUCAGCGCCUCGCCCAGGUCAUGGCUUCUCAGACUGCCGACGACGACGACGACGACGAAGACGAUCUAGGAUUUCGCUACACUGCUCCUCCACCUCUCUCUCUUUCCAGGAGCUCUGCUAGAUCUCCAUCUCCUGCGUUAGCUCGGAACCUCGUAGAAGAAUCAUCAAUGUAUCUUCGCCCAGCACCACCUGCUGCUGGUAAUAAUAGACCACCGCUAAGCCUCAGGACUCCAGCUCCUGUUCUGCCCUUUGACCCUCCCAUUCAUAAUAAUAAUAAGCCCAAAGAUAAAAGAUUUCCGUUUGAUGCUGGACUCCUUCAACCAAAAGAUUCAGGAGACCAGCGUGAGGCUUCUGCACUUCGUGAUGAGGUUGAUAUGCUGCAGGAAGAGAAUGAAAGUAUUCUAGACAAGCUCAGACUCGAGGAAGAGAGAUGCAAGGAAUCAGAGGCCAGAGUUAGGGAGCUUGAGAAGCAGGUUGCUUCCCUUGGAGAAGGUGUAUCUUUGGAAGCAAAACUCUUGAGCAGAAAGGAAGCAGCAUUGCGUCAAAGAGAGGCUGCGCUUAAAAAUGCCAAAGACUCUAAGGAUGGAGUUGAUAAAGAAAUCACAUCUCUACAGGCUGAAAUUGAGAAUGCAAAAGUUGAGACCGAGGCUGCAGUGAGACAGCUUAAUGGAGCUGAAUCUGAAGUAAAAGCUCUUCGAUCAAUGACUCAAAGAAUGAUAUUAACUCAGAAAGAAAUGGAAGAAGUUGUUCUAAAGAGGUGUUGGCUUGCUCGUUAUUGGGGUUUAGCUGCAAAAUAUGGCAUCUGUGCAGAUGUUGCAGUUUCAAAGUAUGAACUUUGGUCAUCCUUAGCCCCUCUUCCGUUUGAGGUUGUUGUUUCUGCUGGACAAAAGGCUAAGGAGGAAUGCUGGGAAAAAGGUGAUGAUGCAACAGAGAAGAGGAGCAAACUUGUUCCUGACUUAAAUGAUCUUACUGGAGAAGGAAAUAUUGAAAGUAUGCUUUCAGUUGAAAUGGGACUAAAGGAGCUUGCUUCUUUAAAGGUUGAGGAUGCUAUUGUGCGAGCACUAGCCCAACAACGGCGUCCAAAUUCUGCUCGACAAUUAGUCUCAGGACCCCCUUCAAGUAGGAAUGAAUAGUGAAUUUUAUCACCCCUACACAGCCAGUCUAGCAUCAAGCAUAGAAUAUAAAUGCAGUCAAGCAUCAAUCUUCUCUCCUUCAGCAUCAAGCAUAGAAUAAGAAUUCUUGGCGAGAGGAGCAUUGUCAUAGUCCUUGUAGCCUUGGCCAGUCAACCACAAUUUUCUGUUAAAGGUUAAUUAUAGUUGCUUUCAACUAAUUUGUCAGUAGAGAGAGGAGCAUUGUCAUAGUUGGUGAAAAUAGGGGGUCUCCUCCUUUAGGGUAUCGUGGCAUCAGCACCAGCCAUGAUUCGGAUCAUGAGGUGCAAAAUAACACCCACAGGAUAUGUCAUUGGAUUUAAGCAAGUGUAUUCAUCAGCUUAAAGCAUUUGUCAUUAGAUUUAAGCGAUGUACUCAUCAGCUUAAAGCAUAACGGAAAAGGUGGGGCCAAAUUUGAAGAGAGGGCAGCAAAUUGGUGAUUUAAGCAACACCAAUGGCAAUUGGAGUUGGAAGUGGCACAUCGACUAUGUAUCAAAUGGCAUUAGAAUGCACAUGCAGGUGUGUGGAAGGAUGAACAACAGAUAUUCAGGGGCUUGUUGAUCAGAGCACAGUGCACUCUAAACAGGAUGGUGGCAAUGGUGGGGUGGUAGGCCACUGACAUAAGUGAAUAGGCUGUGGGAAAAUUCCUGUGGAGGCAAGGCAACUAACUGGGAAGAAGACAUGGCUGACUGUAGAUAAUUUUUAUUGGAAGACAGUGAAUCCAUGAAAUGUGCAUGGAUUUGGGUUGCCUCUCUAUUUGACUGUUUUUAAAUGCAUUAAAUCUGUCGGAUUGAAAUCCAUCUUUCUUAUGUACUAAUAACAUUCGGUACACUUUUGGCCAU